GUACCUGCCUGUUGAAUCCAAUAUCGAAGGAGAAGAAGAAAUGACAUGUAGAUGCUGGAACCCCUUCACGGUAGGUUUAGCUCAGCGACCAAUUACGCAAUGAGUAAGCCUUACUUCUUCCUCUUUCCUUCGUCUUGUCCAGUCUUGUCUCCUAGAGAGAUAUGGCUCUCACCUCGGUUCCGACUCCGACCGGUCUCUACGAACAGCGACGGUCGCCGACUGCUGGAAUCGGUGUCUUCGCCGUCGCCGCCAUUCCUUCAGGCACACGCAUUCUUUGCGAACCUCCACUCUUUGCACUUCCCGAAGAUGACGAUGUCAUUGAAUGCUAUCUUACGAUCAAGGCUCUGCCGCUAGAUCAGCAAGCUACCUUCUGGUCACUGGCCGCAUCCAUAGACCCUCCUGGGGAUACAGAGUGGAUUGGCGAGUUACGAGAGGCUUGUGAUGAAGACAUAGGCGAUGGCUUCGACGACCUUGUCAAGAAGUACGAGGAUGCAUACUCGAGGUUCGAGACAAAUCGCUUCACCUUGCGCUAUCCUGACGGCUCGCCUAACAAGCUUGGGGUCUUUCCAAACGCCGCACGGUUUAAUCACUCAUGUACACCUAAUGUCUACCACCGCUAUAACCCGAACAUCGACUGUCUGACCAUACACGCCCUCCGCGACAUUCACCCUGGAGAAGAGAUCUGCACGGCAUACAUUGAUAUCUGUCAUGAUACGGCUGAGAGACGUCGUAUUCUAGCCCACUGGAAUUUCGAGUGUGCUUGCGACGCUUGUGAGACGCGGGAUCCGGCUCGCGAAGCCCGGAGACACAAGUUGGAAGAGCUUAUGACGACCAUGCAAAGGAGGGAGAACAAAAGAUCCUUCGAGAAGUGGGGUACUUGGGACUAUGCGGAGGCUCUUACACUUGUGGAAGAGGUCAUCUCCCUCAUGAUGGAAGAUGGCUUGGAAGAGACAGACACCUUGGGCGAAGCAUAUGAGCUCGCAGCCGAGUACAACCUCGCCAUGGUCUGUAGAGAAGACGCUAUCAAGUGGGCUGAGAGAGAUGUAGAGGUCGAGCGUAAGUGCUGCGGCGAGGACAGUGCUGAAUACACAAAGGCGAUGGCUUUGCUUCAGCGUGCAAGAGGCACUUAGUGUCGCAACCGCUGUGAGGGUUUCUGUACAGCCUGGCUUUCGGUCGUAAACACAGAUUGCUUGUUCUGCUGGUUGCUCUUACCAAAACUUCUAGUAUGGUUCCAAAGCUGUGACGUCGAUCGACCCUGUCAUGAAGCUCCGAGGCAUCAUAGAACGCCUCCGCACCGGCGAGCAUGUCCUCGGAUAUCCACAACAUCAAUGAAUUGAAACAUUGUACAGUGACCUA